GGCAGGUUACAGGCAGGAUGCAUUAUUUCGUCUUGCUGUUUUUGUUUCACACCGCGUUUUCUGCCAGCGACAGGGAUGAAUCCAAUUGUCCCAUCUGGGCUAACCAACAAAUGCUUCAGAAGUACCAAGACGUCUGGACGACCCUCAAUCAAUCCAGCUCAACGAGAUAUUUUCUCAUGAGGUCUACGUACCAGAACAACACAGUGUGGGGCGAAGACUUCAAGUGUGUCAAUGCUAAAGCUGUUAAAGUAUAUCAGCAAAACAAGACAGUGGAAUACAAAGUUGUGUUCAAGAAUAAUAGUGGAAAUGUUACAUAUAACUAUACCGUGAUAGUCGGAGUGGCGACAACAUAUGGUUACACGACACCAAACGCUCUUCAGUACUUUCUGCCGAACGAAACGACCAUCAAUGACACUGUCAUCUUCACGGACGCCAGAACUUGCAACCUCCUAAACAUUCCCUAUGAAAACGAUGGACAAGGGUGUGAACUGUGGGUCAACGAGAAGUAUCUUGACGAUACUCCUACCUGCUGCCACUAUUUGUUUGAUCUUUUUUGCGCAAGUGUUGGGAACUACACGGUUUAUGACAAGGACGAGUGCGCGGAUGUUCUUUCAUCUGGAGAUGGUUGCAGAUAAGUGCGCUUCUGCGCAUUUUGGUAAUCCUAAACUACGUGCGAUAGGCUGCUGUAUUACAUCGCUUCUUACAUGAACUCAAAUAUUUCAGUCUAGCCUCUACUAGAAGCUUAUUCUAUCUCCUUAUUAAAAUAAAAUUUCCACAAAAU